UAUACAAUGUUUCGUUCAGGUGCUUGUUAAUUGUAACGAAGAUUAAUAAUUUGCUUUUUAAAUGUUUUUAUACGUUAUAAGGGCACAUGUGCAUUAAUGGCCGGGAAUGAUAUAAAACAAAAUUUACGAAAAUUAGAUUUUCCUUACUGUGCUAGAGAGGCAUUAUGCAGAAUCGAAAUAUUAUGUGGCAGACCUGGGAAGCAAAUGAAUUUACAACUGGAUUUAAUAUCAGAAUUUGUAUUUGGAGAAAUAGAAAGACGAAAAAAGCGCAACAUGACAAUAGCAAUACAAGAGUUACAAUUAAUAGAAGUUUUGAGCGAUUUUUUCCAAAGUCCAGGAGGAAGUACUGCUGUACGCAAUGCAGUUUUUCUAUCCCUUUUUCCUGCAGAUAGCCCCAGAUAUAAAAUCUUAGGUAAUUUAGUAUCUUUGGCUAUUGCUACACAAAAUAAAGCAGUCUUGAAUGCAACUGGAAUUUGGAUGCAACAGUUGGGCUCUACUUCACCACAGAGUGUAGGAUUAGCAAGGCAUGUACUUAAUGACUAUUUUGUCCUUACUCCAAAAUCUAUUGACAAGUUGAAGCAGCUUCCCGUUCUAGCAUCACAUUUCACUGCCAACUUACUGACAGCAAUAGGUGAGGUUUAUGAAGAUAAAGAUCCACCUACGGAACUUCUCAGAUUGGUUGGAGAAUGGAUAGAUGAAAAUCCAAGUCUUUUAUUGACUCCUUUGAUGGAUAAUCCUGCUUUACCAACUGGUGGCAUUCCAAUGACACCAAUAACACCAAUAGCAGGUUUAUUCAGGUGGUGCAUUUUAUCACCUAUACGUACAAAUACCACAGAAAAUGCAGAAUAUUCGGAAGAACAGAGGAAAUUAUAUUCUAAAAUUCAUCAACUACUUAUGGACUCAGUAUUACGAUUAAAAAACAGUGGAAAUAAUAAACACGCUAUAUCCGCGCAACAUUUUGCCGCUACGACUCGAACUUUAACUUCUAAUUUACAGUCUCAAACAAACAUUAAUUCAACAUUAGCUAUGGAACGACUAGCUCAAGCUGUUAGUGCAGCUAUGUCUGCAAACUGCAUUUAUGGUAACAAACAGGAGUUAUUAGCUUUGUUACAACCUUUAUCAUAUCAACACUUUUUAAUUGAAUGGACAUUACAAACAUAUGCAUCCAAAGCUGCUUAA